AUGAUAGAUUCACAAGGAUCAGCAAAGACGCUAAUCCUGGAGGAAUCUUGUGGGACCAGAGGUCCAGUUUGUGCUGGAGUUGUGGGACUGAAAAUGCCACGUUAUUGUUUGUUUGGUGACACUGUCAACACCACUUCAAGAAUGGAGUCUAAUGGUCUCCCUCUGAGGAUCCAUGUAAGUGCUGCCACCAAAGAAGCAUUGGAUCACUUUGGAACCUUCUUGCUUGAGUGCAGAGGAGAGGUUGAAAUGAAGGGUAAGGGAAAGCAAGUCACUUAUUGGCUGAAUGGAGAGAAAAACGCCCCCAAGACCCUGGACUUCCAGUUCACCCCAACCCCUCAGCCCAAUGGAAAUGCUGCAGUUGAUGAA